AGGCCUUCUCGUGCGAGCAGACGGCAAGAUCUCCCCAAUCUGUGUGGACUGGAAGCUUCUACGCGCUGCUUUGGCUGCGUGGCUGGCGGUGGUUGUUUGUGGGCCGAAUGAAGGCGACAGAGAGGUAAGAGGAGGCGGCUGCUUCUCACCUGGUGUUCACUGUCGGUUAGGCUCGUGGCAGAGUUAUGGGACGGUCGCACUGCCAUUGGUUUGCCGUGAAGAAUGCACCAUGACGGUCUCACACACACAGAUGACAGAGAGAGAGAAAGGGAUGGGUGUCUGUCUGUCUGUCUGUCUGUCUGUUUGUGGAUGUAUUGUAGAUGUGCGUGAUCUGCCCAAGGCGACCGGCGCGCAAAGUCCCAUCUCGCGACCGAUCAGGUAAGUGAGUCCAUCCAUCCUUCCCUCCCUCUCUCUGUCUGUGUAUGCAGGUUGUUCCGUCAGCGUGACGGCUGCGAAUUGAUGGGACGAGUCAGCACCCCAUUGCCGGCGUGGCCGGUAAGGACCCACUCCCCCUCCCACUAAGCCCCCAUUUCUCUCCUUCAAGAGCCUCAUCGCCCCGUCGCAGCCGCCAGCACAGUCAUCACAGCAGCACACCGACAACGACAGCGGCAACACAACAACAGCAGAAUCAGCACCAGCCCCACCACAGCCGCCACAGCCGGAAACGGUCAAUGUCGAUGUCAAUGUCACCAUAACGCCCUCCCCGUCCCCUGCUGUCCCUGCUGCUGGUGGUGGUGGUGGUGACGGUGCAGAUCCUUAUCUCUGUGAAGACGUCCCAGCGGCAGCACCACCGCCACAGCACCCACAACACGCCCCUGCUGCAAGUGUGACAGCCACAGCAGCAGAGAUUGGUGGGCUCGGUGACGACGACACGGCAUCGCUGACCGACAAGGCCGCCCCUGAGCCUGCCGUCGCUGUGGCUGCUGCAGCUGCUGCUGCGACAGUGGCUGGCCCGGCCCCUAUCCAUCAGCAGCAGCAACAGACGAGUGGAGAGGACAAGAGCUCAGCGGGGGACUCCUUUCUGAUGCCGCCUGCUGCUGCAAAGACCGAUGACCAUUCAGACGAUGACCAUUCGUCCCCUGGGCCCCUCCACAUCCCUGACAACGGGCGAGAAAGAGACCGGCCAGUGUCGACUAUGAUGCAGCCGACUGUACCGUUAUCGUCAUCCCCAGUGCGCCAACAACGGCCACGGCAGCUGUCGGCCAGCGAUCUCUCUGUGCCGUUGUUUGGUCGACGUGGCCCCUUGCUGGACGGAGGGAGAGAGAGCUCAUCGGGGGAGGUGGAGGGCUCUUUAUGGUAUGAGGCACGAUUCCGUGCUCGGGCCGACAGGAUGCCCGGCCGCCGUCGGGCUAUGUCGCUGUUUACCUACCAAACCAAGACAUCAAGGAGCUCCCGAAGUGAGCCCUCACCCCCUACACACACAUGGAUGGUGAUAUCAUCCCUCUAUCUCUCCCUGUGUGUGUGCAGCGGUCCGGAGUGGCAGCCGCGUGACGGUGCUGCCGACGAUCUUCGAGCGGGAGACUUCCGGCCGGGCGGAUGGCACUAGUGAGCCCGCGGCAGCACCACCCAGUGACGACACAUGCGGCAAUGGGGACGAUACGCAGCAACAGCACAAAGCCGAAGACAGCAAUGAGGUUUUCUUUGAUGUCACAUGAUGCUUUGCUGGGUGGACUGCGUGUAUGCAUGGCAGAGCAGAGAGUCAGUCAGGUGGUGCGCUGUAUCCAUCCGUCCGUCCGUCUGUGCC